AUGCGUCUUAGUGUGACUGUUUCUGUGAUGUAUAUGGGUCCAUUUUUGUUGAAUUCAUUAAAAAUGGAUAAAAGUUCAAUGGUUUCUGCCCCAUUAGUUACCACAAUUUCUUGUUUGAUUACAUCAGUUGGUGUACAAAGGAUAAAUAAAUUACUCGGGAAUUAUAUUGGCUCAGUCCUGAUGAAGAAAUGGAAAUUAUGGACUGACGAUUAUUUAUUGUGUCCUGAACUCCCAUCACAAUAA